AUGCGACCAGCCAUGUUGGUGUGGCUCAUCGCCACCCUUUUGCUCGGUCAUGUCAUGGCAGAUCUAGCAACAGAAAAGCGGAAUAGAAAAAUUGAAGGAACAUGGUCCAGCGGCGCAGGUAAUGUCAUGACAGGGCAGGAUGAGAAGGGUGUAGCAUUUUUCAAUCCCAUGCGACGCCAUUUCACGGUGCCACCCACGGCAGGAUAUUCUUACAGCUUCACCAAGGAUGGACAUUUCGAAAUGGCUCAAUUCACAUACCAAACGAAUCCCAAAGAUGUUCAUUGCUUUAGUGCGUCACUUGUAUGGCAACACGGCACGUAUAAAUACGAUGGUACCAACAUUUACAUGUCGCCAUACAAGGGCGACGGUGCUAUCCAGACGAUGGGCGAAUGCCUUGAUCCGCAAGUACAAAUGAAUUAUUACGCCGAGAAAGAGGUGGGUGCGAACGUGACUGUCUAUACCGACAAUGACAUUGUCUUUUAUCCUGACGAAUCGAUGUAUGUUCUUCAGAUGCAUAAAUUCAAUGGCAAACCCCUUCCCAAAAUGUACUUGCGCUACCGCCCACCUCGCAUGAUGCCCACGCGGUCCAUCUUUAAGCAAGUCAUCGGCGCUCCUGGAUAA